AUGUAUAAUAAUAAGGAGAAAAAGAGAAAAGAAGAAUUUUAUGAACGAGAAAAGGAUACAGAUAAUAAAAGAAAAAAGAAAAUGAUUAAUAACAAAAUAUUGAAAAGUACAUUAUCUAAUAAAAAAAGUAUUAACAAAAAAAUUGAGAAAAAUAAAACAAAAAAGAAUUUACUUAAGGCAGGUGGUCUGAUAGAUAAAAAGAUAAAUUUUAAUGAAGAAACAAAUAAAAAAAAUAAAAAGAAAAAUAUAAAAAAAAAUAGGAUAGUAAAAAAUGGUUCAAAUAAUAAAAAAAAACAUAUAGGAAUUAGUGGGAAUAUAAAAAAUGGGAAAAAAGUAGUAGCGAAAAAAAAGAUAAAUAUGAAUGAGAACAACACAAAUAAUAUUAAUGAAAAAGAACAAGUAAAAAAAGGGGUAAAUGAACAAAUUGAUGAUGAAAAAGAUAGAUAUUUAUUGAAAAUAGAUGAGGAUCCUUAUUUAUUAAAAGAUGCUAAGUAUAUUAAAAAAAGUGAAUUAUGGAAAAAUAAGCAAAGAGUAUUAAUUGUACGUUCCCCGUUAAAAAAAAAAAAUUGUAAAUCAUUUAUAGAAAAUCUAAAAUUAUUAUUACCACAUCAUAAAAUAGAAAAUAAAUGGGAUAAGAAAUUAAAUAAAAGUGAAUUAAGUGAAAUCAGUUAUAGUAGAAAUUGCAAUAAUAUUAUAUUUUUUGAUGUAAAAAAGAAAAGAUAUUGCUUAUGGAUAUGCAAAAAUUUAACUGGGCCUUCUUUAUAUUUUGAAAUAUUAGAUUAUAUACCUUUGCAUAGUUUGAUUUUUUCAGGUAAUUGUUUAUUAUAUUCUAGGCCACUUUUAAUUUUUAGUAAACAUUUUGAUGAAUUAGAUCAUUUAAAGAUAAUUAAAGAAAUGUUUAUCCAUGUGUUUGGAACUCCUAAUUAUCAUCCCUUAAGCAAACCUUUUUAUGAUCAUUGUUAUAAUUUUUUCUAUAUAAAUAAUUUAAUUUAUUUUAGGCAUUAUCAAAUAUUACCAAUAACAUUAGCUGACUCAAAUAAUAUUAAUAAACAAAAACUUGUAGAAAUAGGUCCCAAAUUUACCCUACAUAUCAUAAAAAUAUUUGAAGAAUGUUUUAAAGGGAGAAUUCUUUAUGAGAAUGUAAAAUAUAAAAAUUAUGUUACACCUCAACAAAUGAAGUUAGAUCAAAACUUAAAAAAAAAAAUGAUUAACAUAAAAAAGAAAGAAAAAAAAAUUAAAAAAAUUAAAUCAAUCAAUAGAUUAAUUAAAACAGAUAUUGACUUUUAA